CAGCCCGUCCACGCCCGUGACUCAUUGUUGUCGUUAGACUUGUCCCGGACAGGUCACUUUGAAAGCAUACCCCGUGAUUGCGCGUCAACUCCACAUUAAAGCGCGUCUCUCCCUCUCAGCUUCCCCACAGCAUACCUACUAAACAAUGUCGAAGGCACAAAAAGUCACAGAAUACCAAGAGCGCGUUUAUGCGCUCCUGCAACAGAUUCCCCAGGGUCGCAUCACGACAUAUGCAGCCAUGUCGAAGGCGCUAAACAGCUCGCCACGUGCAGUCGGCGGCGCGCUGAGAAACAAUCCAUUCGCGCCUGAGAUACCGUGUCACAGAUGCAUUGCAAGUACAGGUUUCAUUGGUGGCUUCAAGGGCGACUGGGAGAAGGUGCCCAGCGGGCAGAAUCAGGUGUCGAAACGGAAGUUGCUGGAGGACGAGGGUGUGUUGUUUGACGCGAAUGGAUUCUUGAUUGACAAGAAGGUGCUUUGGGAUGAGUUCGAUGUGGAGAAGGUGAGGUAAGCGUGCGAGGGGAAGGCAGGGUGGGGCAAGGAAGUGGCGCUACGUCAAAAAGUUCUAGACAGACCGCGGCAGGCAUGUAACAUUCCACAGCAA